UUACAGUUACACGAUACGAUAGAGAGCAAUCGCGCCAAGGCGCCAUAAUCUUCUUCCUCGUGGAAGUCUGCAAUUCUCUUGCUGAAACCCUAACUCAAUCCGAGAGAAGGCAUUACGAAGUUCUCUAUGGCGUGUACCGUUCGAUUCAGCUCCCCAACAUUUGCAUUCGAAUCCUCCAAGAAGCUGAUGAAAAGACCGAAAUUCCGGCAUCAUCGUAAUCAGAUUCACUGCUCUUCUCCCCCUUCCGCUGAGCCAUCCCGGGGAAACCGUAAAGAUUCUGAAAAUGCGAGAGGGCAGGCAGAACCAAAUGUGAUUAUAAUGGAAAGAUACGCAAAUGGCACUUCGAAAAGGUACAUAUUUGACAAAGUGCAAGUAAGCAUUUUUUCCGAGGAAAAAGGGGUUGAAACUAAUGGGUUCCAAGGUUCACAUCUUGCCAUUGUGGAAUUGUCUUGGUUGCCAGGUAUUGUCAGAGAUUUUAUUCUACCGGCAGGUUUCCCAGGAUCAGUGUCAGAUGAGUACUUGGAAUACAUGUUGUUACAGUUCCCUACCAAUGUUACUGCAUGGAUUUGUCAUGCUUUGGUGACUUCAAGUCUCUUAAAGGCUGUUGGGGUAGGCUUCUCUGGAACUACUGCAGCUGCUUCUGCUGCUGCGAUUAGAUGGGUAACCAAGGAUGGCAUCGGUGCUGUUGGGCGGUUAUUCAUCGGUGGCCGGUUUGGAAAUCUAUUUGAUGAUGAUCCUAAACAGUGGCGCAUGUAUGCAGACUUCAUUGGCAGUGCAGGAAGUAUCUUUGAUCUUACUACACAGUUAUACCCUGUGUAUUUUCUACCCCUGGCAUCUCUUGGGAAUCUUACCAAGGCUGUCGCAAGGGGACUAAAAGAUCCUUCAUUUCGUGUGAUUCAAAACCAUUUUGCAAUCUCAGGAAAUCUGGGAGAAGUAGCAGCUAAGGAGGAAGUUUGGGAAGUUUCUGCGCAGUUGCUUGGCCUUGGUCUCGGCAUCUUGCUUUUGGAUGCACCUGGUCUUUCAACCUCUUAUCCAGUGUUAGUGGUGACAUGGAUGACCAUGCGGCUUCUGCACCUUUGGUUACGUUAUCAAUCUCUUUCAGUUCUUCAAUUUAACAGUAUAAAUCUCAAGCGUGCUCGAAUGCUGGUAGAAUUGCAUGUUAAACACUCUUCUGUCCCAGGAUGUGCUGAUUGCAACAGACGGGAAAAUAUCUUAUCAUGGGAAAGAUUUUUAAAACCACGAAUCAUCUUUGGAGUUUGCUUGAAAGAGAUGCUUGGUGAGGAUAUAUCUGUUUCCAAGGUGAAGAUGCUUCUGAAAUUAUUUGAGAAGGAGAAAUAUGUCCUCGUUGUGAACAAACAGAACAAGAUAGAUUUUGAGGUGUUUGUGACCUUCAAGGUUGGAGCCACAAGUCAAGCGGUUUUGCGAAGCGUGUGGCAGACAUAUUGGCUCCAUCUGAAUUACAAGAGUGAUGCUGAUUGCUAUGAUCAGAUUGGGCAAAGCUUAGCGGAAUUGGAAGAUAGGUUUCAGAAUUUCAUGGAAAAGUUGAAAGUAGGUGGAUGGGAUACACAGAAAAUAAGCCUGAAGGUCCCCAAGGAACAUUCCAUUGAAGAAAUUGGUGCUGUUUGAUCACUAUCUGACCCUGAUUCAUGAUUAUCAUGAUUGGAGACAUCUCCAUCGUGCCUCAGAAAGUGCAUCUGUAACGAUUGAAGUGCAGGUGGACACAUGAAUGCAUUUGGUGCUUCUCUAGUUAGGAGAGGAGCUGUUCGGUAUGACAGAGAUGCACAGAUGGCUGUCAAUUUGGUUGCAUUCCGUCCUGACCGAAAAGCUUGUACUGCCUCGGAGGUUGUUGGUGAAGGAAGAAGAACAGGGUUCAAUAACAGACGAGUACCACAUUUUGAAACGUGCAUUAACCUGUGUACAAUGUGCUUUGGAGUGUGUCGGUCAGUGAUCUGGUGGUUAAAAGUUUGUUCUUGUAUAAUUUGACGACCAGGAGGACAUAAGUUCGAGUCGCGUUAACAAUACUUGCGAAAGGCUUGUGUCUUUUCAGGUUACUUGAAGGUUCUAAGGAUAGUGACAGCUUGAAGUCACAUUUCAAGUUAUCAACCAGACGCUAUAAAAGUACGAUUUGAUUAGCUAUUAUAAAAAUCCUAUGUAGGUUAAUCGA